CCCCCCGCGCACUUCCGCGUGCAUGGCCCUGCUGCGCCGGGCCCUGAGCGGGAACGCCGGGCCGAGCUGGCUGCGGGUGGCGCGCGCCUUCCCCCGCUUCCCGCUGCCUCAGUCGCGGCCCACCCGCGCCGGCUCCCGCGCCAUGGCUUGCAGGCAGGAGCCGCAGCCGCAGCGCCCUCCGCCUGCCGCCGGCGUCGUGGCCUCUUACGACUACCUGGUGAUCGGGGGCGGCUCGGGCGGGCUGGCCAGCGCCCGCAGGGCGGCGGAGCUGGGCGCUAGGGCCGCGGUGGUGGAGAGCCACAAGCUGGGCGGAACAUGCGUGAAUGUUGGAUGUGUACCCAAAAAGGUAAUGUGGAACACGGCUGUCCACUCUGAAUUCAUGCAUGAUCACGUUGAUUAUGGCUUUCAAAGCUGUGAGAGUAAAUUCAAUUGGCGCAUUAUAAAGGAGAAGCGUGAUGCCUAUGUGAGCCGCCUGAACACCAUCUAUCAAAAUAAUCUCACCAAGUCCCAUAUAGAAAUCAUCCAUGGCCAUGCAGCAUUCACUUCUGAUCCGGAGCCCACAGUAGAGGUCAAUGGGAACAAGUACACUGCUCCUCACAUCCUGAUUGCCACAGGUGGCGUGCCCUCACGUCCCCAGGAGAGCCAGAUCCCCGGAGCCAGCCUAGGAAUAACGAGUGAUGGAUUUUUCCAACUGGAAGAAUUGCCUGGCCGCAGUGUCAUUGUCGGCGCGGGCUACAUUGCUGUAGAGAUAGCUGGCAUUCUUUCCGCUCUGGGUUCAAAGACAUCACUAAUGAUACGGCAUGAUAAGGUACUUAGAAAUUUUGAUUCCAUUAUCAGUUCAAACUGCACUGAAGAGCUGGAGAAUUCUGGCAUAGAGGUCCUGAAGUACUCACAGGUCAAGGAAGUGAAGAAGACUCCCUCCGGCUUGGAACUGUGCAUGGUUACCUCGGUUCCUGGUAGGAAACCCACCUUGACCACGAUUCCUGAUGUUGACUGUCUGCUGUGGGCCAUUGGGCGGGACCCAAACUCCAGUGGCCUGAAUUUAAACAAAGUGGGGAUUCAAACUGAUGACAAAGGUCAUAUCAUAGUAGAUGAGUUCCAGAAUACCAGCGUCAAAGGCAUCUAUGCUGUUGGGGAUGUGUGUGGAAAAGCUCUUCUUACUCCAGUUGCCAUAGCUGCUGGCCGAAAACUUGCCCAUAGACUUUUUGAAUGCAAAGAAGAUUCCAAAUUAGACUAUGACAACAUCCCCACAGUCGUCUUCAGCCACCCCCCGAUUGGGACAGUGGGACUCACGGAAGAUGAGGCCAUCUAUAAAUAUGGAAAAGAAAAUGUGAAGACCUAUUCAACCACCUUUACCCCAAUGUAUCAUGCGGUUACCAAAAGGAAAACAAAAUGUGUGAUGAAAAUGGUUUGUGCCACUGCAGAGGAAAAGGUGGUUGGGAUCCAUAUGCAAGGAAUCGGGUGUGAUGAAAUGCUGCAAGGUUUUGCUGUUGCGGUUAAAAUGGGUGCAACAAAAGCUGACUUUGACAACACGGUUGCUAUUCACCCGACCUCUUCAGAAGAACUGGUCACACUUCGUUGAAAACCCGGACACUCAACGUAGCUGGCAGUUGGACCAGUAGACCUGAAAAGAACCAAAUUACCAUGUUUACUUACGUUCCCCUUUUACGUAUUUCCUUAUUGUAACCGGGAAAUUCUGAUAGUGGAAAUUUUCAGCGCAUAAUAGGACUUAUUUAUGUACUUAGAGAUUUGUUUUGUCAUCCAGCGUUAAUUUUCAUUUGAUUCCACCUCAUAGUAAUCAAUAUUUUAAAGUUGUUUUAUUUUUUGUUUACAGCUCUGUGCUAGCUGUUUUUGUUUUGUUUUGUUUUGUUCUGUUUUGUUUUUGUUUGGGCCUCUUUCCUUCUAUAAAACUAUAUGAAGUACCGUGAAUUAAGGUACUUGAAUGAAUACAACUUGCUAGUUUUUAAUAGAUGAGGACGCAGCUCUGAGGAUUACAAAGCUGCUUUAAAGAUGUAACCUUUCUCUAAAAAUGUAUAACACAAGAGACCCAUCUUCCCUAUUUUAUUUCUUUCAUUUUAAAUGAUUAAAAAAAAAAUCAUGUUCCUUUUAUGAGAUGAAGUACAUCAAACUUGGGAAAGAUUUACACGAGCAAGGGACAUUUUGGAAGUGAUUUCUUCUUUCAGAAGGAGAAUUCAAAGUCCCUUCCUCUGCUGAGUUCAUAGUUCAAUGAGAGAUUUCAAGUUUUUUUCUGUGUUCUAUCAUUUUUUUUCCCUGAAAACUAUUUUCAAAAAACUGAAAAUAAAAUCAUAGACUUUUCUUAUAACAAAAUUUGUUAUUAGGAAUUUAUACCUAAGAAAUCAUUUUCUAAGACUUUUUCACAUUGGGGAUUACAUGCUAACAGCGAGCUACCUUUAGUAGGCUUUAAGGCCUUAUACGGGGCAGGGCGGAGAUUUUUAUAGAUUAAGAGCAGAGGUAUAAAAGAAACAAUUAGCGGGGUACCUGGGUGGCUCAGUGGGUUAAGCCGCUGCCUUCGGCUCGGGUCAUGAUCUCAGGGUCCUGGGAUCGAGCCCCACGUCGGGCUCUCUGCUCUGGCGGGGAGCCUGCUUCCUCCUCUCUGCCUACUUGUGAUCUCUGUCUGUCAAAUAAAUAAAUAAAUAAUCUUAAAAAAAAACAGCAAAGUUAAUGAGUCGGAAGAACAAUCUAGAAAUCACUUAGGUUUUCAGCAUUUUAUUUCCAUUAGCUUUCACCAACUAGGUAAACUAGUUCAAAAGUUUUCCAUGGUUUUUAUUAGUAACAGUGCUACUGAGUUCUUUCUUGAAGCUUUAACUGAAUGUCUUUCUGGUUAGCCAUGUCCAGGUUGCUGACUUACUGAGUAGGUCCAAAAUCAUCAGAAGAAAAAUACUAUGUUAGUAACUAGGUUAUGUAAUUGUUGCAGCAAGAAAUUGGGGUCUAAAAAACCAAACAUGGACUGAUAAAACUACUCCCCAUCUCUUUGUCAACCACCUAAAAGGUAGUAGACCACGGUUCUCGGCCAACCCGGUUUGUGUCUUACUCUGCAUAGGGCCCAGACUUUCGGUGUAACUUUGUAAGGAACAGGGGAGAUGCUACUAGUUAGAGCCACUCUAACAUCAUGUAUUUUUUUCUUAGGUGUCCAUUGCCCUGCUUUUUCUUUGUGUCCGCGGUAAACCAACAUGCAUGUAACCUUUUCCAGGUUGCAGUCUUCAUUCUCAUCAGUUCCCAAACAGGUCUAACCUGUGAAGCGAUCUGGCAGCCCAGUCUGUAUUACACAAAGCACUGAGCAACGUAAAGAUAUACAAAGCAGCACCUUGUAAACUAUCUGGCACAUUGUAGGUCUGCUCAUUAGAGUGGAAGUUUCAAGAAAGACACUAUCUCUUUGAGAGAGAGCACAAACAGUGGGGAGUGGGAGAGAGAAGCAGACUUCCCACUGAGCAGGGAGCCUGAUAUGGAGCUCGAUCCCAAGACCACAGCCUGAGCUAAAGGCAGAUGCUUAACCAGCUGAACCACCUGGACACUCCCCGCCCCAACCUUCUGAUUUUCUUAAUGCCAUUUUCUUUUCUCUAUUGUGUAUUUUUUGGUGUUUUUGUUUUUGUUUUUUUUCAGUGAGCUCUAUGCCUAUGUGGGGCUUGAAUUCAUGACCCCAAGAUCAAGAGUCACAGGGUCUGCUCUAUUGACUGAGCCAGUCAGGUGCCCCUCUAGCUUAUUUUAUUGUAAUAAUGCAGAAUAUAUAAUACAUGUAACAUAAAAUAA